AUGCAAAAACAUAUUGGUUCCACCACAAUCAUCGACGAACCGUUAGAAUGGUCCGACGAUAGUAGUUUAGAGGUGUUUGCGAACGCCAUUGAGUCCGAAGAAGCCGAAAGUUCCACGGCGCGUUUACGGGCGAAACGUAAAGUCGUGAACCGUAACCGUUGGACUGCUUCAGAAAGGUUGCACCGCGACUACUUUUGUGAAGAACCGAAAUACGACGAUGAUUUUUUUGACGAUAGGUAUCGUAUGCCUAAAAGACAUUUUCUAAAGAUCGUGCAUGAUAUUGAGUCGAGAUACGCGUAUUUUCAGGACUCGUAUGAUGCCCGGUUGGCCAAGAGUUCUACACCGAUGCAGAAGUGCACAUCUGCCAUCCGGAAACUUGCAACCGGUAAUCCUCCUGAUGAGUACGAUGAGUAUUUAGAGAUGGCCGGGAGAACAUCACGUGAAUGUCUUCAAAUUUUUUGUGACGCUAUCGUUGACACUUACAAGACCGAAUAUCUGCGUAAACCAACAACACAUGAUCUCCAUCGUUUGUUUGAAGCACACAAAGAAAGGCAUCACUUGCCUAGAAUGAUCGGUAGUCUAGAUUGUACACAUUUUGUUUGGAAGAUGUGUCCAAUGUGGAGGGGUCAAUACAAAAGGGGUGAUCAUGAAUACCCCAUUAUUAUGUUGGAAGCAACGGCGUCUCAGGAUUUAUGGAUAUGGCACGCCUUUUUUGGUCCUCCGGGUGCUCUAAACGACAUCAAUGUGCUGCAACAAUCUCCCUUGUUCCUCCCGAGCGUAUGGGCACUGCUCCUUACGUUCCAUUCAAUGUAA